UAUGUUAGGAUUUAAAAUACUUUAAAUUAUUAAGCUAUAAUGAACUUUUAUUAAAUUUAUAACUAAAAAACUAACAAAUGAGAGAAUGUCAUGUUCAGUAUAGUGUAAUCGGCUUUUUAUGGAGCUGGAAAGUCGGAUUAACCCACGCUCCACAGCUGCAUUGUUGGAUAAGCUUCAAGUGGUUACUUAGUAGACAAGUUAUUCAUAAAGGAAACUUAGAUAACUAAUACUAAAAAUUUUAGGAUAAAGAUAAGGUUCUUAGAUUAAUAUGUAAUAGGAUAAGUUAGGAUUUCUAUUGCUUAUAUAAAGAGAUCAUAUAUAAUGUAAGAGGAUAUAUUAAGAAAGUUAAAAAAGCAAAGAAAGAUAAUAAAACAAAAAAAACCGUUUUAUAAAGUUCUUGUGUUCUUGAUUACUCAGUUAAGAUGAUCAUGGAACCUGUGAUGACAUUCUCAAAGGACUGAGAUGUUGUGGGAGACAUAUUCUCAAAGGAAAGAAACAAACGAGAUGAGUGUGGUCCUUAGUUUGAAGGAGAGAAUAUGAAAUAUCAAACAAAGUCUCACAUUGGAAAUUAGACAAAAUAAAAUGUAAUAUAUAAAAAGAUGUUCAACUCUAAUUAAUAUGAUAUUAUCCACUUUGGACUUUAGGCGAUAACCUAACCGAGCGUUACAUCCCAUCCAGUUGAAAUAACCUAACCGGGCGUUACAUCCCAAACAAAGAAGCUUCUCUUCAACAAACCCAUCAUGAACUGCAAAAAUUCAAACAGCAUGUUAAGAUCAAUUAUAAAGAUUCUUGUUGAGAUAAAAAAAACAUGUUUUUAAAGAUUAUCUCUCACUAGUUUGCAUCCAUUUCAUAGGCUGGACAAAGAUGGAAGAGCACUGAACUCGUUCAGCAGAGUUUCCGCUUCUCUUCUUCCAAGCAAAGCAUUCUUCAGCUUUCCCUGGUUCAUGAGGGACUAUGUUAUCCUCAAUAACUAUUCUUCUGCAUUUCCUGUGAAGAAGAAUUGGUCUCUGCCUCCUCCACAUGCAACUCAAUCACAGCCUUGCUGCUCUCUACCUCCAUGCGAAUCUCAGUUUUGUCCUUUGAUUCGGCUUAAUACACCCGGUUCAACCGACCCUGGCCCAGUUCUCAAACGACGUCGUUCGAACACUUGGAUUGGGCCGUGGGCUUCGUUGUGUUGUGCUUUUGUAUGGAUUUUUUCUUGUUCUUUUUUGAAAAUUAUGAUGUAAGAUAUAGGCUACCGUAGUUUUCGUCGGUGCUAAUCUUUCACUGGACUUCCCUAAUCUUUGUGGUAAUCAUAUGAUUAUUUUGGGGAUUUAUCUUUUCGGUUAUACUAUUCUCUUUACUUGCUGUUAGGGUAUAAUAACGGAAGCUAGGGUUUCCAUUGUUUGCUUGCGGAGAAAGUUUCCUGCAAAGUUCUCCAACAAUCUCUUGUUAGUGUUGAUUGAACUUUUUCUUAGGGUUUCUUAGUUAUAAGGGAUGAUAAACGUUCUUGCAAUUGCUUGUGAAGAAUCUAACAACUGUGCCUUUCUCGAUUGCUCCUCAGGUACAUGGCAACAUUCGAACCAGUUUCUUCUUCGACUUCAUUCCACUCCAUAGAAUCUCGGACGAGUAAAGUCAAUAGGAUUCCUUUACCAUAUUUGAUCCGACCUCGUAGGAAAAUACCCGUUUACGACAGCUAUUCACUUUAUGACGAUUACAUUGGAUAUUUAUCUAACAAGGUUGGAUUAAAGUCUGAUGAGGGGGAUGUUGAAACCUCCUCUUUGGAGAAAGGCAAUGAGAGCAAUGCAAUGUUAUGUGGAACUGGUUCGCUGAGUGAUGAAGAAUACGUGGUUGUGGAUAAUGUUGAAGUUUCGCCCAAUUCUAAAACAGAGAGAGCAGGAGCAAUUCAGAUAGUGUGUAGUCUAAUUUCUCAUAACUUUUGGCAUGUCUUUGAUUAUAUAGUUUCUCUUCUCACAAUACGUGUCUUCUUUUUAUCAGAUGGAACUCUCAAAAGAUGCAUUUCAUGAGUCUGAAUCCGGAGGAUCAGAUAGUGAUGCUUGGGUGGUGGUGUAAAUUAAACCUUGUAAUUAGGAGGUUGCAAUUGAAAUAGGGGGAGGCAGGGAGGGAGGGGGGAAUGUUAGGACAAUGGACUUAGUUUAUUCCUGUCUCUUGACAUGUUUGUGAAGCUUUCUUUUAUCAUUAGCACCUAUUGAUAAGAUGGUUUUGGAUUAAACAAUGAUCCUUUGUUUUUAGCAAGAAGAGUUUCAUAUAUUCACAUGAUUUAUCUGUCUUAGAACAAAACAAAAAAAAAACGAAUUUAAUAGAAAAAUUAACAGACAAAUAA